UUGAAGAUCUGGAGUAAAACAAACUUGUGGUCGGUUGUAAAGUGUCAUACAAGUCCACAUUAAACCCAGACGGGUGUCUCCUAAAGUAAAUAAGGUGUGUGAAAACAUAUUAGAAAUAUUUUUUUAUAUUUACCUCCAACAUCAGUGAUAAUCCAAUCUGGCAUCGCCAAACUCACAAUCGCAAAAAUGUCGGCUGCCAUAAAUAAUGUUCCGGAAAUUAGAGUCAACUUAUCCAUCGCUGGUAAAUAUGAACGCAAGGUAGCGUCCCAGUUAAAAAAAAAUUCGGUAUAAGUUUGUUGACGCAAAAAGUAUUAUUAUUAUUAUUAUUUUGUUGGUCUUGGUGAUCACCUGAUCACAGCAUCACCAAUAUUACAACACGAAAAUUCCUGUAAAAUGUCAAUAGACCUAACCUGUCAUCACCUGUCAGUUGCCAUAUUUUCAAAUAAAAAUGCAAAACAGAAACAUCAUUUUGCUGGUUUUCAUCGUAAUAGUUUUGUGUUUUAAAGUAAAUCAGUGCACGCACCUAAAAGGAACAUUUAAGAGUAAUGAAUUUUUCAAAUUUUUGGUUAAAUUCGGUUUUCAAAAAACGGACAGACAUCAGGCAGAUGCGACGCAUGGAUACAUUUUCGGAAAUAUUACAUCUGACCAAAAUUUUCCGGUCCCUGUCACAUUUGCAGUACUGCAGAGACCGUAUUUCUUAAAAUAUUAUCAAAACAGAGUUUUGUACGACAAGGAGGAAGCAUGUAAACGCAUGUUUAGUAAAAUAAGCACACAUGCCUAUGAAGGAAAAUGUAAACCCAGGGGGCAAGAUUAUCUACGGAGAAUUCCGUGUCCAAAGGGAAAACUCUGUCUCGACGAGGAUAAAGCGUGGCGUGUGGUGAAAGGACAUCAAUUUACUUAUGUGAUAGAAGACUUCAAACAACCUUCUUUUUGGUAUGUCUCUAUGGUGGCCUGUUAUCUCAAUAUGACCACUUGUGAGUGGCAUCACUAUGAACCUCCAUCAAGGCAAUACACAAUACAUUAUGACUUGUGGCUAGUAAAUGGAAAUCCAAAUAUCUCGUCUUAUAAUACUUUAACUUACCAGUUUUCGUUUGACCGUCAAAAUACAUUAGAACUCUACCUUCUGUUCUGGUUGUGUUAUAUGGUUUUAGUUCCUUUACAAUGUCAUGCUGUUAAAACACAAAAACACCCAGUUACCAAACUGUUCACUGCCAGUUUGCUCUUAGAUUUUAUAGCUCUUUGUUUAAUUUUAAUCCACACUUUAAAAUUUGCUCUUGAUGGAGAGGGAUACCCAAAACUAGCAAUGGCGGGAGACAUUUUCGACAUUCUUUCAAGGACAUCAUUCAUGCUGCUUUUGUUGUUACUUGCCAAAGGAUGGGCUGUUACACGCCUGGAAUUGUCAUGGAAGCCCUUAGUUUUUGCAAUUUGGUUGUGUUAUGGAAUAGUACACAUACUUUUAUAUGUGUGGAAUUUGACUGAAGUAGACAUAAUAGAAGAUAUUGACGAAUACCAAACUUGGCCAGGAUGGCUGAUAAUAGUAUUUAGAUCUUUAAUCAUGGUUUGGUUUUUAUAUGAAUUGCGCACAACGAUGUUGUAUGAACACAACAUGCAAAAAUUAAAUUUUUUAUUACACUUUGGAGCGUCUAGUCUAGUCUGGUUCAUAUAUUUGCCAAUCUUAGCUCUAAUAGCCCUGCAUGUGUCAGCUCUGUGGCGAUUUAAGCUCCUAUUGGGGAUCACGUAUUCUGCCGAUUGCUUCGCAUAUUGCGUGAUGGCGCAUUUACUGUGGCCUACACGCUCCGAACAGUACUUUUUACUAAAAGGCCCUUCAUCGGCGGAUAUUGAAGAAUUGGACGAAUUUAACGAAGCUCCACACAUUGUGAACAAUUCCUACUCAUCACUAAGUACAAUGAGUUCAAUAGAAAUUUGCCGAUUUGAUGAAGCACCUAAAAAUAAAGCCGUCAGUGCGUAAAACUUUGUGAUUUAAUUUAAUAUGUUAGCACGACUAACUUGGAAAUUAUCGUCAAUUUGUCUGUACAUAGAAUUGUUGAAAAUUUUGACGUGCAGUUUGCGUAUGUGUGCAAAUAUUGAUUUAUAUUUACAUGUUGUUGAGCGUAUACAAAUGUUUUUAAUGAUCUUAUGAUGAAUAUGAUGAUUGCCAAAGACUGUUAUGUUAAAUAUUUACAAAAAUUUAUCAUCUCAUGUAGCACCUGUAUAUAGUCAAAGUUUAAUGUGUUUUUACAUUGUGGAUAUUAUUUUUAUUGCUCAAUCUUUCGUUUGUAAUGUUAAUUAAGGAGUAGAAGUUGUGUAUGUUUGUGUUUGUGUACACAAUAGUGCAAAAUUUACAUUCUUUUAUUGAUCAUUUGAUCACGAUUUAUUGGAAUUACGCUUGAAAUUGUGUGUAGCACAUGAAAAAUUAUUAUUUUUUCUUCACUCACUGCGGUUGUAACUAACUAGUAAUUUCUAGUGCCAAGUGUUUUUACAGAAUGGUUACUAUUUAUGUUUAAUAUUUUCAAUUACCUUUUAGUAUUGGAUUUUUGUACUGCCGUGUGAAACAAGUUAUUUUAGUGCGUGAUACAUUGCAAUUUCCUUUUAUGUAGAUUGUCAAUUUGAAACAUCGAUCAAUUUAAUGUAAAAUAUUCUUAUAACACAAAUAAAUAAUUGCAAUAACUGAAACAUUUUUUGGUAAAGAUGUUUGUGAGAUAAAGUAAAGAUUUUUUUUAUUUCAAAGAUUUAUUAACUAGAAAAUUCUUAUUUUCUAUUACUUAUCAGAAUCAGUUCAUUGAUCAUAAAAAUCCUACUAAUUAAGUGACUAAUCCUUGUUUCCUCUUUUCUUCAUACUCUGACAUACAUUUUCUAAAAUCAGAAACUUGCCGUUGGCAUUUCCUCCAGUCUUGUGUUUCUGCUAUGCAUUCCUAAAUAAAUUUAUAUCAGAAUAAUUGGUGUAACUAAUUAAUUAAAUAUUAAUUUAAACCUGGACUUUGUAAUGAUGAUUAAUACAUCCGGUUUUCUUUAACAUUUCUUCAACAGGAUCAGUGAUUUCUUGUUUUCCAUGUGGAACACUCAUAGUGGAGAAAUUUUGAUUUUAUUUAACAACAAUGAGGGAUUAUUUAAUGCUAAAUUAUAUGGGUAAUUCGUAACUCACUUUUUAUUUAGGUUAUUAUGUCUACAAAAAAAAUUAUAUUUUAAAAAACUAUUUCCUACUGCAAUUUUAAAGCCUUAAAAUAGGAACUAAAGAACAAAGCUAAAUAGGUUGCUGUUGCUCAGUCAUCAGCAGGCUUAUUCUACGAUUUCUAUUAUUUCUAUGGCAUUAGGUUAUGUAAUACAAGGAACAGAAGGCGGGAAUGUCAAGCAAAUUAAAUAUUUUCUUACUAAUAUUAAGAUAGUAAGAAAUAAUAAAUUUUGAAAACUCGUUUCGUUUACUGCUUUAAGUAAAUUCAGUAAUCAACACCUCUUAUUUUUAGUGCCUAACUUAUUUUACACCCCGUGCCCCAUUACUGCCAUUUCAAAUUUCUCAAUCUCCAUGCCGACGGGCAACCAUAAACUGGCAACGAAACAAUUGUGUUUUUUUAAUAAAAUGGGUCACAAAUAUUUGAUUUUUGUGUAAAAGAAAAAUUUGUGUAUAACAACUGGACCCCACUGAUAAAUUUAGAGCUAAAAUACUCCACAUUAUCAUACAGAAAAAACAUGAAAAGUGGCUGAUUGGCAAUUGAGGUGGCAUAUGACAUAUAUACGCCUAGUUGUUACACAGAAAUCAGAUGUUUGUGACCUAAACUCGCGGGCAAAAUUAUAGCAUCACAUGGGAAAAGUGAUUUUUUAUUGAAAUAGCGCUUGAAAAAAAAAUAAAUGCAUCCAAAAAUUAAUUAAUUAACUAAUUAACGUUAAAGCUUGUCGCCUCACUGGCAACGUCUAUAUUAUACCACUUUAUAUUUUCUGUUCUCUGUACAACCUGUAUUAGCUCUAAAUAGGUAUAUCAAUAAAGUCUAGUUAUAGCAGA